UUAAAAGGAAGACGCACUAACGCCGUUAGUUGUGGGUAAUCUUGGCAGCUCCUCCAGCUGCUAAUCUUUUUGAAACGGACUCCCAGGUCCCUGCCUCCUCCGAAGCUUCUAGAACCACCUCUUGAAACUUCCUGGGAGUAGAGGAGGCGAGGAGCCUGGCAUCCUUGGCAUCCGCUCUGGGUAGAGUCUGGCAGCCGCCGCAGGGCUGAGCGACAGCCAGUGGCUGCGAGUCCCGCGCGGGGGACCAAGGAGAGCACGUGUCUGCAUUUAGAGAAUGCAAAAAAAGAGAAUGUUUACCUGCCAGGCAUCACACCUGCCAUGAGUCUUUGAGAACAUAAUGUCCAUCUGUACGUCUUCUCACAAGGAUUUUUCUCAGCUGCUACCUGCUCAAGACAUGGAUAUCAAAAACUCACCAUCAAGCCUUAAUUCCCCUGCUUCCUACAACUGCAGCCAGCCCGUCCUACCGCUGGAGCACGGUCCCAUCUAUAUCCCUUCCUCCUAUGUAGACAGCCGCCAUGAGUACUCAGCUAUGACAUUCUAUAGUCCUGCUGUGAUGAAUUACAGUGUCCCCAGCAGUGCCAAUAACCUGGAAGGUGGGCCUGGUCGACAGACCACAAGCCCAAAUGUGUUGUGGUCAACUUCCGGACACCUCUCUCCUUUGGCCACUCACUGCCAGUCCUCAAUUCUGUAUGCAGAACCUCAGAAGACUCCUUGGUAUGAAGCAAGAUCACUAGAACACACCUUACCUGUGAACAGAGAGACACUGAAAAGGAAACUUAGCGGGAGCAGUUACGCCAGCCCUGUUACUAGUCCAACUUCAAAGAGGGAUGCUCACUUCUGCGCAGUCUGCAGCGAUUACGCAUCUGGGUAUCACUAUGGCGUCUGGUCGUGCGAAGGAUGUAAGGCCUUUUUUAAAAGAAGCAUUCAAGGACACAAUGAUUAUAUCUGUCCAGCCACGAAUCAGUGCACCAUAGACAAGAACCGGCGAAAAAGCUGUCAGGCAUGCCGACUUCGCAAGUGUUACGAAGUAGGAAUGGUCAAGUGUGGAUCCAGGAGAGAAAGGUGUGGGUACCGUCUAGUACGAAGACAGAGAAGUUCCAGUGAGCAGGCGCACUGCCUGAGCAAAGCCAAGAGAAACAGUGGGCACAUACCUCGGGUGAAGGAGCUCCUGCUGAGCACCCUGAGCCCAGAGCAGCUGGUGCUCACCCUCCUGGAGGCAGAGCCGCCCAAUGUGCUAGUGAGCCGUCCCAGCAUGCCCUUCACCGAGGCCUCCAUGAUGAUGUCCCUCACUAAGCUGGCCGACAAGGAAUUGGUGCACAUGAUUGGCUGGGCCAAGAAAAUCCCUGGUUUUGUGGAGCUCAGUCUGUUGGACCAAGUCCGGCUCUUGGAGAGCUGCUGGAUGGAGGUGUUAAUGGUGGGGCUGAUGUGGCGCUCAAUCGACCACCCCGGCAAGCUCAUCUUUGCUCCAGACCUCGUUCUGGACAGGUCAUCAGAAGACCCUCACUGGCACGUUGCGCAGAUGAAGAGCGAUGCCCCAAGGGAUGAGGGCAAGUGCGUGGAAGGGAUUCUGGAAAUCUUUGACAUGCUCCUGGCGACGACAUCGAGGUUCCGUGAGUUAAAGCUCCAGCAUAAAGAAUAUCUCUGUGUGAAGGCCAUGAUCCUCCUCAACUCCAGUAUGUACCCCUUGGCGACGGCAAGCCAGGAGGUGGAGAGCAGCCGGAAGCUGACGCAUCUAUUGAACGCAGUGACAGAUGCCCUGGUCUGGGUGAUUGCAAAGAGUGGCAUUUCCCCCCAGCAGCAGCCAGUUCGCCUGGCCAAUCUCCUGAUGCUUCUUUCUCAUGUCCGACACAUCAGUAACAAGGGCAUGGAGCAUCUGCUCAGCAUGAAGUGCAAAAACGUGGUCCCAGUGUACGACCUGCUGCUGGAGAUGCUGAAUGCUCACACGCUUCGAGGGUACAAGUCCUCAGUCUCGGCGUCUGAUUGCAGCUCAGCAGAGGACAGCAAGAGCAAAGAGGCCUCCCAGAACCCACAGUCUCAGUGACAGCUAGGCCUAAGGUGGACAUUCUGCAGAGCUGGUCAAAGGUGGAACCCUACACCCUUGCAGCUCCCCAGCUGGGGCUUCAUCUUAUGGCUGUCUUGGUCAUGCACCCUUCCCCCACAUUCAGCUUCCCAGGGGUCAGGGUGGGUGGGUUGCAGUGUCCCUGUACCGGGGGAUACCUUUGAAUGCAGAGUUCUCUCUUUUGUAUAGCCUUAGAAGGUUCUCGAUGUGAUCCUUCUCUCACUUUAUCUCCUCUGCCCACUCGGGAAGACAUCGUAAAGCUUCUGGAAUGGAUGGUGAAAGUCUGACUCAAAGGAUUGGCCUUAGACAAGGGAGAUAUGGUGACACUCUGCAGCAGGACUUCUUAACCUCUCUGAUGCUGUGACCCUUUAAUGCAGCUCCUCAUGUUGUGGUGACCCCCAAC